AUGUGGCUCUAUGCGGUGCCGCUGGCCGUGCUGCUGCUCGUCCUCCUCCGCAAGGCUUACCUGGCGCUCUUCGCGGGCCGCUCCCCGAACCCCUUCGCCGAGAACACCAAGCGGCCCCCCGCGCCCCUGGUGACCGACAGGGCGGCCAGGAAGAAGGUCCUCAAACAAGCUUUCUCAGCCAGCCGAGUGCCAGAGAAGCUAGAUGUGGUGGUGAUUGGUAGUGGCUUCGGGGGCCUGGCUGCAGCUGCGAUUCUGGCCAAAGCUGGCAAGCGAGUUCUGGUGCUGGAACAACAUACCAAGGCAGGGGGCUGCUGUCAUACCUUUGGACAGGAUGGCCUUGAAUUUGACACAGGAAUCCAUUAUAUUGGGCGCAUGCAGGAGGGUAGCUUUGGCCGUUUUAUCUUGGACCAGCUUACGGAUGGGCAGCUGGACUGGGUUGCCCUGUCCUCUCCCUUUGACAUCAUGGUCCUCGAUGGGCCCAAUGGCCGAAAAGAGUUCCCCAUGUACAGUGGGGAGAAGGCCUAUGUUCAGGGCCUCAAGGAGAAGUUUCCCCAGGAAGCAGCUGCCAUUGACAAGUAUAUGAAGCUGGUUAAGGUGGUAUCCAGUGGUGCCUUCUUUGCCAUUGUGCUGAAGCUCCUCCCGCUGCCUGUGAUUAAGCUCCUCAGCAAGUUUGGGCUGCUGACCCGUUUCUCUCCGUUCCUUCGGGCAUCUACCCAGAGCCUGUCUGAGGUCCUGCGGCAGUUGCCUGCCUCUCUGGAGCUCCAAGCAGUGCUCAGCUACAUCUUCCCCACCUACGGAGUGACGCCCAGCCACACCACCUUUUCCAUGCAUGCUCUGCUGGUUCACCACUACUUAAAAGGGGCCUUUUACCCCCGAGGAGGUUCCAGUGAGAUUGCCUUCCACACCAUCCCUGUGAUUGAGCUAGCCGGGGGUGCUGUCCUCACAAGGGCCCCCGUUCAGAGCAUUCUGUUGGACUCGGCUGGAAGAGCCUGCGGUGUCAGCGUGAAGAAGGGGCAAGAUCUGGUGAACAUCUGUUGCCCCAUUGUGAUCUCCAGUGCCGGGAUGUUCAAUACCUAUCAGCACUUAUUGCCGGAGAGCGCCCGCUGUCUCCCAGGCGUGAGGGAGACGCUGGGGCCGGUGCGGCCCGGUUUGAGCAUGUUCUCUGUUUUCAUCUGCCUGCGAGGCACCAAGGAGGAGUUGGGUCUGGAGUCCACCAACUACUACAUUUACUUUGACACCGACAUGGACAAGGCGAUGGAGCGCUACCUGUCUAUGCCCAAGGAAAAGGCUGCAGCACACAUGCCCCUUCUCUACGUCACCUCCCCGUCAUCCAAGGACCCGACUUGGGCGGACCGAUUUCCAGACCGGUCCACGAUGGAGGUGCUGGUGCCCACCGCCUUCGAGUGGUUUGAGGAGUGGCAGGAGGAGCCGCAGGGGAAGCGGAGCAGCGACUACGAGGCCCUCAAGCACUCCUUUGUUGAAGCCGCGCUGUCGCACAUCCUGAAGCUCUAUCCACAGCUGGAGGGGAAGAUGGACACUGUGAAUGGAGGCUCCCCGCUGACCAAUCAGUUCUACCUGGCGUCCCCCCGAGGUGCCUGCUACGGGGCUGACCAUGACCUGGGCCGCCUGCACCCUCAUGUUAUGGCCUCCAUGAGGGCCCAAACCCCGAUUCCCAACCUCUACCUGACAGGCCAGGACGUCUUUCUCUGUGGGCUGAUGGGGGCCCUGCAUGGAGCUCUGCUGUGCAGCGGUGCCAUCCUGAAACGGAACUUGUACUUGGACCUCAAGAAGCUCAACUCAAGGGUCCGGGCAGAGAAGAAGAAGAAUUAGUUCACUCGGGAUAAGUCAGAGGAAUUUGGCCAGUCACUGGGGCACAUUCCCUAAUACCCCUAAUGUCUUUCUGCCUGUUCCUUGCUCACAUAGCACACUUCAAUCACGCACACUUACUGUAGAUCACACUUCUUACAGGGGAACGAUGCUCUUAACUUUUAUAGCAUGGUCUCCUCACUGAAAGGCCCCAUCUGGGUUACUGAUUGGAUCGGCUUGAUGUCUCAUGACAAGGAGUGCUCUGCCUCCCACACUCGUACCUCUGAACUCGAGCAAAGCGAAUAUCCUCUUGGUCCGCUGAGGGAGCUGGGUCCUGUCCUGAGGCCUCUCCCCUCGUAUUCACUCCCAGUGCUGGGCUGCAGGUCUACACUGUCCUGAGGUGUUAAGAGCCAGUGUGGGUUAUGGUUGUAGCUCCAGAGGGGCAGGGGGUGGGGAGGUACCCGUGACAGGUUCACUGUGGUUCCAGGGGCUGGGAUGAUAACAAGUCACGCUGGUUGGCGUGGCGCAGUGUUAGAUGGUACCACCCAGCUCUAUGCAGCCAAGCCCAAGGCUCCUCUUCCCUGCUUGAGGUGGCAUCAGGUUUUCGAAUGCCAGCACUGGGGUGCCUCCAGGAAGCUCAGAACCUGAGCCUCAGGGCUUGUCUUCCAAAAUAUUGGGUGUCAGGACACAGGACUGGAAAGGUGACUGCAGUGGGGGAGAAGCAGGGUGAUGGGGCAUUGCAGCACGGAGGGGAACUGAAUGGCCCAGGACAUUUAGCCCAGCUACUUGCGGACCCAGAGGAGGGGCUGCCUGGUGGGGGGAGUGGGCGUGGGAAAUCAGUCAGCAUCAGAACGCAGGAAGGCCCAGGGUCCAGAACAGCGUUUGCCGUUUAGUGGUACAUACAUGGAGACGGGAUGGAGAGGGGGAGGCUAAACAUUCAAGAAAAAACAAACUUGCACUUUUGUUAAAUUGAACCACCAAGGGCCUUAUUUAGUCCAUUUUAAUCUAACAAUAAAGUUAAUGAUUUUAUAGCUUUAA